CAAACGAUGUUAGAACAUGUAAAGGGAAGGAUCGCACAAAAUUCUAGACAUGGCAACAUGGCACGAAAUCAUGACAUUAGUAUUUCUAUCUCUGUAGCGUGUUGAAAUAUUGAUAUGAUACAGGUUGGAUCUACCAAAUGAAACAGACAGAACAACAUGGCAUACAGAGUCACUCUCCCACCAAUAGACACAGACAGGACUCAAAACUAUGAGACUGUGGAGCAGGACUACACCGCGAUUCGUGUCGACAGUCCCCGUCGUAAACAAGUUCGGAUUGAGAACACAACAAUGAGUCCUCGUAUCAACAAUCUAGAGAGUAAAGUCUCACAGGCACUGAUGACACAAAAUCAAGUUUUAUCACAACAACAACAAGUAACAGAUGCGCUCAACCAGCAGCAGGCAAUGACAAAAAAUUUGAUUGAAAAAGCUUUUCAAAAUCGUGAUGACUUCAUAGACAGUCUUGGACGAGCCAAAGAUGACAGAAUUGAGGCCAACACCCGAUAUCUAUUGCAGAACCAUCUCCGCUAUAUAACUGCCAUUGUUCAGAGGCUGAGCCAGGAUAUCGCUGAGCAGGAAGAACAACUACGGCUGCGAGACACAGCAGUAGUCGGGACAAACAAAGCUGUGGGAAAGAUCGAGGUUCAUAACAUCACAAGUCUGCAGGAUCUCCGUAGCAGAAUUGUCCGAUGUGAUGCCAGCAUCAUGCGACAUUCCUCCGACAUCAGAAACUGUUAUAAUGACAUCAAUGUGGUGUCAAAGGAACAACAAUACUUGAAGGAAAAUCUUACUGAAAAAAUACAUCAACUUGAAGCAGAGAUGCUGACCAUUACGUCCCAGUUGGAAAGAAUGACUGGCCAACAGAUGAGUGAACUGGGUCAUGUCAAAAAAAGUGCAAACAGGGAAAUUGCGAUUCUGGAUGAAAAGAACCAUACUGCUGUUUUGGAAGUCCGUAAAUGCGAUGGCAUCUCACAGAAUGACGAUGGACUCCCAACAACAGCUACAGAGGAAUGGAAUGCUGUUCUAAAUCGUCUGGAGAGGUCAAUGGGAGAUACAGCGAAUACGUUCAGUAAUAGACUUCACCACCUAGAGGAGGUUGUAAUGGCUGACAGGGAAAUCUUACGUGAUUUACAGGCGCAUGUGGAGAAACGAAUGUUACACAGACUUGAAGUUCAUUCCCGUCACCACCAGGAGGAGCUAGCAAAGUCUAAACGUGAAUUUCGUGAAGGGUUUACAUCCGUUCAUGACAGCAUAGCAAAUGCCAAAACUGUUCUCGAAGGAAAACAGAAGUUACUGGAGGACAAACUAAGAAAAGAAAUUUCACAAUUACGACAAAUGGUUGUGCUUGUUUAGCACCAGAUAUGAUGCAACAAAGGAAUUAAAUCAUGGUUUUCAUGCCUAAUAUUUACACUACCACAUGCAAUUACUUAAAAAUUGUCAAAUGGAAUGUAACGUACAAAAAUGUAUACAUAUGUAGCAACUGCUUCUCUAGCCAAGAAUUACAAGCUAGAAGUGAAAUCAACUUCAGACUAGAGGAUCAAGUCGUGUCAGGUACAAAGGGAGAUAACUCACAUGUAUCCUAGUAGGUCUCCAUCUUGACAUUCAAUAAAGUUCUGUUUUCUGUUGCUUUUUUUUUCAUUUCAAGUUUGUACAGGAAUAUCAAUUCAUUAUAUGUAUAAGUAUAGUAUAAGUAUAGUUUAUUUCAGACAACAUCUUAAAGUAAUUUACUCACAUGCUUAAUACAUUUUCACACUUUGAAAUAGUAAUUAAAGGUUGUUAUAUACAUUUCAUGAAUAAAAAAUAUUUUUGAAGGAA